AUGGGUGUCUUAGUUCGUCCGUAUCUUCGCAGGCCCCUGCGUGAGCGUGUGCCGCCUUGUGUGCUCCUGAGUGGGUCCCAUGGGUGUGGCAAGCACACUACCCUGACUGCACUGACACGUUCUCUAGGGUUGCAUCACUACCAGGUCAACUGCCAACAGCUUCUCGGGGACACGGCAGCAGCGGCGGAGACACGUAUCAAGAAUACCUUGAUGAAAGCACAACUGUAUACACCCUGCCUGCUGCAGCUGUCCAACGUGGAGGUAUUCAGCCUGGACAGGGACGUCGGCUCCGGCGGUGAUCCCCGGGUGGUCCGCUGCCUGGGUGACACGCUACGUGCAUUGAACGGCGAUUCAGACGAGCUGCCCGUGGCUGUGGUGGCCACCACGGCCGCCGACCCCGACACCCUUCACCCGGACUUGGCCCCCCUAUUCCUACACUCUAUUGAAAUCUCGUACCCAAAUGAAGAGGGCCGUGCUCAGCUGCUGGAUGCAUUGCUGUGGAGCCUUCCCAAAAACAACUCGGUGGAUAUCUCCUACCUGGCUCAGAGGACAGCCCAGCAAAAGGCAGAAUGCUGUGCCAGCUCCACCACCAAGCUGCUUGAGAGCAACACUGAUGGUGCGGCCACCUUUUUGUUUUGA